UAGGAGCGUCGCUCUCGCGGCAUUAUCACAUCUCGUUUGAAAAUGAAUUGUCUUAAUAGCGUUCCUGGUGCUGCUCUAUUGGUCAGUUCGUCGUAACGGAUUGAAAGACCCCUACAGUUUCUGUUAAUGCGCUCGACCGCAUCACAUCUCUCCUGAAAAAUGAGGAGAUUUUCCUGCGUCACAGGUGUUCGUUUCCACCAUGAGGUGUGUUGUUAGUGGGCCACAGCAGCCAGUCGGACAGCUCGACGAUUCGCCUCUCAUCGAUUCAGAUGGUAUCCAGCGAGCUGAGCCUGGCAGUGGAGGACGACGACUUGUCGAGUAAUAUGAAGGAGAUGAUUGGAGGCUGCUGCGUUUGCUCAGACGAGAGAGGCUGGGCCGAGAACCCACUGGUUUACUGUGACGGCCACGGAUGUAAUGUCGCUGUUCAUCAAGCAUGUUAUGGCAUUGUACAAGUCCCUACAGGACCCUGGUUUUGUAGAAAAUGUGAAUCUCAGGAGAGAGCAGCUAGGGUGAUAAAAGGAUGGAAGGGAAGAAAAUCGCGCCUUCAGAGCACUGGUGGAGGAAGAGGAGGAGGAAGACGGUCUAUGGCCCAUCGAAAAAUUGCUGAAGGAGGAGGACUUGGCAAGGGUUUGAAAAGUGUGAAUACAUUGAGAUGUGAAUUGUGCCCACAUAAAGAUGGUGCCCUCAAGAGGACAGACAAUGGGGGUUGGGCCCAUGUGGUAUGUGCAUUGUAUAUUCCUGAAGUGCAGUUUGCUAAUGUGGCUACGAUGGAGCCAAUUGUGUUGCAAUCUGUUCCUCACGAGCGCUAUAAUAAGACUUGCUACAUUUGUGAAGAACAAGGCAGAGAAAGUAAAGCUGCCACGGGUGCCUGCAUGACUUGCAACAAGCAUGGAUGCCGACAUGCUUUUCAUGUGACCUGCGCUCAAUUUGCUGGCCUUCUUUGUGAGGAGGAAGGUUCUGAAGCAGACAAUGUAAGGUACUGCGGGUACUGCAAAUACCAUUACAGCAAACUGAACAGUACAUCAAGAAGUUUUAGCAAUAGCCUGUACUGUUAUCCACAUCUACAGAAACACAAGGAAAGAGACAAACAUAAACCGAAGCACAGACGAACAGUGGAGCCUGUUCUUGUCCCUUCUUUGACUGUAACAACAGAGAAGACUUACACAAGCACCAGCACUGGAGGAAGCCCCUUGCCGGUCUCCCUAAAGCGCCUGGAGGAGACCGCUGCACGAUUUACAAAUGCAAACUUCCAGGAAGUGUCUGCACAUCCAGCCAGUGGAAAAGAUAGCAGUGCAGAGGUGAAAGGGGCAGAGGGCAAAGGAAAGAAGGCCACUGGUCACAGUGUAGCUCAAAGAGGAAGGAAGCCUGGUGCUGGAAAGACUUCGGCCACAGUUACAUCAGCGGCUGUAGUCACUACCUCCACCAGCCCUUUAAAGCAAGCAAGCCUUCUGGGAAGCCUUGGAAAUGUAAAGUCAAACCCUGGCUGCAGCUCUGUCCAGUUGCCCCAGGAAUUUGGGAGCUUUGCUGAUUCUGAUCUGCGCAACGACACUUACUCGCACUCGCAGCAGAUACAUGCCAGAGGCUUGUCCAAAGGAGGAGAUGCAACGACUCCAGAAGGCCUCAAUGCUUUCUCUUCACUUAUGACACUACAGUCAGCUGUCACGUCUGCUUCUGUAGCAAAUAAGGCCUAUGAAAGUUCUCAUGCUGAAUACUCAGGCCUAACGUCCGCAAGCUAUAAGAGACCAACAGCUUCCACUGGCAGUAUGGAUGAGGACAGCGGAGUAAAGGAGAAGAAGCGCAGAGGAAAUAAGCGAAAUAAAUAUGGACCUGGCAGGCCCAGAGGGAACAAGGCUCAGGAGACCGCUCCAUUACUGUCUGCUUCUUCUGCAUCCCCGGCAUCUUCUGUUGCGUCAGCUAGCAGCAGUCUUACAGGAGUGAGCACGGGGGGCAGCAACACACAGAAAUCCCCACCACCUCUUCGGAAUGGAAGUGUACAAAAUCUAAAUGUGGCCUCGCCACCUGCUGCAUUAGGUGCUUUCCAAGCCACUGAUGCCCCAGCAACGCUACCAAGCACCAUUCUGGGGUCAAACACUGCUGCUCUGCCAGUCUCCCAAAUACCUCAGCCAUCAGCCAGCCAUGUGCACCAAGCAGUCCCUUCAUUGGCUCCUCCUACCACAACCCAGGCUAAUGCUUUACCAGGGGCCACAUUUAAUUUUACCCCAUCACACACAUUUGGGAACCACUUGAAUCCCAAUCCUGCAGUCACCCCACUGAUUUCCCAGUCAGACAACAACCCUGCAGAUCAAGAAGUUCAGGACAGUAGUCGAAGCCUUGCUGUAAGAAGCAGUUCGCCUAGAGGAACACUUUCGCCACGGUCUCCGGCAAGUGGCUUACAGGUCCGGUAUGACCAGUCGAGCAGCGGCAGUUUGGAGCAUCUUCCACCUGUUGCAACAAGCAUAGAGCAGCUGCUGGAGAGGCAGUGGAGUGAGGGGCAGCAGUUCUUGCUUGAACACAGCACAACAGGAGAUAUCCUGGGAAUGUUGAAGUCUCUCUAUCAGCUUCAGGUAGAGAAUCGCAGACUAGAAGAGCAGAUCAAAGCACUGACUGCAAGGAAAGAACAGCUUCAGCUUCUGAGGGCUCAGCUUUCACUUCCCUUUGCCAGCAACACCCCCAGCUCCACCUUGUCACCCCAAUUGCAUGCUUUCUCUUCCCAAAAUGAUGUUAUGAACAGCAGCAAGAGCCCUCAUCUGCCCUGCAGUUAUCUCCCUGACUCAUCGCUCCCAACGACAGUUCAGGAUGCUUGCUCUAGUGCACAGAGCACUACCAGCUCCUCUGUAUCAACACCACCCCCUGUUGGUCAGAGCCCUCCUCAGCAGAACUCAACAGGGGUUGCUGGAGUCCCACAAGUCAAUGGUAUGGCUGUAGGAGCACUGGCCAACAGUCUGCAGCCUGUCCCAUCCUCCAUUCCCUCGCUUCCAGGCGUUGGAGGGCUUAUGGGUACUAUCCCAGGAAAUCAGCUGGCAAUCAAUGGGAUUGUUGGCGCAUUGAAUGGGGUCAUACAGACACCUGCGACAAUGGGCCUGCCUGCUGCACUCACAAACAGCACUUCAGGCCUGGCGUUGCUUUCCGAUCAGCAAAGACAAAUCCUGCUUCAGCAGCAGCAGUUGCAGCAAUUUCUUGCAUCCCAGCCUGCCCCUCAGGAUCAACAUCAGGCUCUCCUCUACCAGCUCAUGCAGCAGCAGCACCACCAGCACCACCAGCAUGAGCUACAGCAGCUUCAGCUCUCGGCAGCAGCUCAGCUGCCUAUCAAUAGCCUGCUCACCAGUGGCCAGGCUCCAGGCCAGCACACACUGGGCAACAACCCCUUCCUAGCCAUUCACGGGGACCCAUCUGCUCAAAAAGUUGCUAGACUCAGUGACAAGAGUGGCUCCAGCACACAGGACAAAAGCUGACCCAGGAUUGACUGCGUCUCUGAGAAACCCUCAACCUUUCACACAACUCUGGACGUGUGGGAGCAUCACUGACUUCACUUGACUCGACAUUCCCUGACUGUGUCGGGUCUGCACAGGUGUCAUUAUUUUGCACUAAACAGCUGUUAAUCAACUCUAGACUUCAGGGAACAUGUGUCCAAAGGAUUUUCGGGACAGCGACCCGCUUUUCUGGGGGCCACAUCUUGCAUCUUGGUGGCAAGUCUGGGAGACGUGCACUAAGUUGGCAGUGGCCGGUCAUUGAGGUCCACUGGCCUGAAAAAGCGCUCUGAUGGAAGGAUGGCAGCGUGUCUUAUUCUCCAGCAUCUCUCCGGCUUUUUGUUUGUGUUUUGUGCAGCUCAAGCAAUCCCUUCUGUUCAGGAUGUAUUUUAAAUUUUAGAUUUUAAUUCGUUUACAAUCGCUUAUACCUACUUGAUUUUUUUUUUCUUUCCCUUUAAACUUUGGUUAAGAAUGUUAAAUGCAAGCUGCAUUAAGCACCAGUCAUUUGCGACUCCUCCCCAGAGGGAUAGCCUGGAGGCAGAUGGUGCAAUGGUGGCCGCCACGACUUCAAGGUGAUGGAAGAGCAAUAUUUAAAAGAAGUGACCGGACGGGACAUUGCUACUAGCUAGCGGGCCGGUCCAUGUGGGUUUUUUUUUUUUUUUUUUUUUUUUUUCCUUCUUCUUCCCUGGACACAGAUUGUAAAUUGAGUAACACCUGCUGUCUGCAGAGCUUCGGGCAUCUUGUACUCGAGCCAGUGUCUCGAUUGCACACUUUGUACCUCGCAAGUCUGUAAAUAAUUAUGAGAGACUCUCCGUAUAUGUUGAACUCUGAGCGGCCUCGAUUUGUAAACGACAGCUGAGCUAUGACUGGAGACAAAGUAUUAUUAAUUUAUUUUUAUAUAAGCAGGGGAUUUUACAUUUGUUCACAUCAUUUCCUACAAAUAAAAGGAGCCGCAAGCUUUAUUUGGGUUUGGGUGAUUUUAAGCGGCCUUUGUGCAGAAUGAAUGAGUGCAAAUACAGAAGAUACCAUUAUAUUUAACGAUCAUUUGAAACAGAACCAAUCAUAGGAUUGUUUUUCAAUCAGCAAAUCCAUUUCUCUUGUAUCUGCCAAGUCUCAUUCUUAAAAAUGGCGUAUGAUGUACAAGAAAUGUUUCUAAUAAUAAAUUAAAAAGCAAAGUC